UCCCCAAAAUCUUCUUGACAUUUUCCAAAAUUUGAUCUUUAGUUCUCUGAUUCUCCCUUUCUUUAAUCUGUCACAUUUCCCUCGCAAAGUCUGUAACACUGCCAAGAUUCUCAUUCCUAACCCGUCUUCUAUAAGUUUCCUCUCUUGCCGAUCUCAGGUUGGUUCUUCACCCUCUUCCGCAUACUAAGUUGGGACCUGAAACGAUUAGAGGGGAAGAAGAAACUGGCGGGCAGAUUCGAGGAUUUUCUCCGGAAACCCGACGUUUCCGGGAAAACUUUUGAGUUCUCUGGGCAGAAUUCUGGAGCUUAGGAUCGAUUUCGGAGAUGGGUUCUUCAGGGGAUCAGCUGAGUGUGCAUUCUCUAGUGGAAACGAUCCGAGAUAUUCUAAAAAAGAUUUUGAAGAUCGAAGAUGUUUCGGAGAGACUUUCGAGACUCAAUGAUUUCGUCAAGGAUUUUCAAGAAGAGAUGAAGAAGAUCGAUGGCUACAAACGCGAGGUUCCUCUCUCCAUGCUAUUGGUAAAAGAAGCGAUAUCGUAUUUGAAAGAGGAAGCUAAGAAAUGCUCGGCGGAAAAUGCUCGAUCAGUUUCCGGAGAAUCUAUGCCUUUGAAGAAGCGAAGGAGAAAAGCAGAAGAAUGCACUCAAGAAACAAAAGAGGAAGAAGAAGAAGAUGGAAACACUAUGAAAUGGCUCAAGAGCGACAAGGAAAUGAUGAAGAAGAACCGGGUGAGUCCUGUUCAGCUCCGCAAACAAGAUGAUCACACUUCCAAUCCCUCUCAAAGGAGAAUUCCAGAUCGGAAGAUCACUAACAGAGUAGAAUCAAAGGGAGAUAAGGAGGGUUCACGACUUGCUUCUCUGUCUAAAGGGUGUGAGAGUGUCUCUGUGAAGAAGAGAACAGAAGGGGAGGAGGAGAUUUCGUCUUCCAUGAGGAGUUCAAAGGAGGAAACUGGUAAAAGAGGCAUUAUACCUUCAGAUCGUAAAUUGAAAUGGAAUCUACGGUCUGUUCCACAGAUGCCUCAGCAGCAGCAGGGGCGUUGGUCUCUUGGCCUGCAUGGCGUUUUUGUGAAUGUCUUGGACAGGCUCGGAGGAGUCCAAGAACGGGAUCUUCUUUUGGUGCAGUGGCAACUCCUGAGCAAAUCUGUGAGCUUAUGGGAGUGGAGGACUUAACAGUUGAUGACGUGAAGAGUCAUUUACAGAAGUUCCGGCUGUACAUGAGGGUUUUGAAUGUGGUUUAGUAUUUUAGAAACAAGAACCGAAAGAGUUACGCAAGAACAGGUUCCAAAGAAGU